UUCUCCUUCUUUCCUUCUUGUUUUCAUUCCAUUUCUUCUUCAUUCGGCCGAGAGAGAUUUUUUAAAAAAAUUCGUCGAUGAGCUAUUUCGGCAAAUUAACGUUUCUAUGCUCUUCCUCUCAUUCUCUUGAGCUUGGUGGCGAAGCUUCCUCUCAGGGGAAGAAAAUUGCCGACCUGUGAGCGCGUCUCAAGACGAGACGACGGGUUUAGUUUAGUAUGGAUUCAUAAUCACAAUCACAGCCACAAUCACAAUCACAAUCACAAUCAAGGGACAGGGGACAAAACAAGCAUUUCUGGACUGUAGAUGAGGAUAGAGCGCUUAUUGACUCAACAGUUAAGUUAUCUACAAAUCCUUAUUGGAAGACAGAAAAUGGGUUCAGGAACGGGUACCAAAUUCAAUUAGAAAGGAUGAUGAAGGAGAAAAUUCCCCAAACAACACUAAAGACAGUCCCCAAUAUCGAGUCUCGAGUGAAAUUAUUUAGGAACAAAACCACUGUAAUUGCCGACAUACUAGGAAUAAGUGGGUUUGUUUGGAAUCACGAACGGUGCACUAUCGAAUGUGAUAAAAGUGCGUAUGAUGAGUAUGUCAAGGCUCAUAAAGAAGCUGCGGGUCUUUAUGGAAAAUCUUUUCCAUUUUUCAAUGACCUUGCCCAAGUAUUUGCAAAAGAUAGAGCACAGGGUACUGCAGGAGGAGAUAUUGGUGAUGAUGCAGAGCAUUAUCAACAUGAGAACAUUAAUUUGAAUGAUGACAGGGCUUUCUUUGAAAUGGCCACCAAUGAUUUUUUUAUGUCAAUAGAAGAACCUAUUCCUACUCAGUCACCCAUGGUAUCUGAUGCUAGUACCUCAAAAAUACGUCGUAAGCGGAAAGUGCCAACAACGGACCAAUCAUUUGAUAAACUAAAUGACAAUUUGAAUAACUUUGCAGAAAUGGUUGGUCCAGGCUUUCAAGCUAUAGCUGAUUCUGCAAAUCGCGAAGAAGCUCAUGAAGCAGCCCGCGAUGAGGCACAGAAAGUUGCUCGUACAGAGCUUGAAGAAAAGAUAAGAUUGCUAGGUGAAAUUAUAUUUGAAAUUGAUGGGUUGACGGACGAUGAGGCAAUGUUCAUCUUGCAAGAAUUGCCUAGAUAAUGAGACACAAAUGAAAAUUUUUUUCAACUUACCGGAUAGCAGGAAACUGCGUUUUUGUCGAGUAUUUCUAGCAAGAUCAUCGUUUUCCCCACCUGGUUAUUAAAUGGAACUCACUGCACCAGUUUGGAAUGUUGUAAGAUUUGCAGGAAAAUAAGUGACCA